GCCUGUAUUUAUGGUUUUAUUCGGUUCGAGUAUUUCAUACGGUUAAUCCUACGAAAGCAGGUAUUUAGAUUUACAUAGAAUUAUGCAAUAUACAGAGCAAGAAAAGACAUUACAAAAACUGUGUAGCAUAGUUAGCUAAAUUCGGUUAGUAGCAUUACCCAGGUAACGGGUAAAGAUAACCGUAACCAUGCCAAAUGGAUUAGGCACCAAUGUUGGACUAAAUUAACUAAAGCUCAUUUUGGAGAAAUAGGUCGCCACACGACAAAAUGUGUGGUAAUGAGUACAAAAAAAGGAAGUUGCAAAAAAAAGAAGGCAAGAGCUUGUCCAAUAACCUUCAAAGGGCUCUUUCAUUAAAUACCUUUAUGAUUAAAAGGAAUGAUUUGUUCGUUGGUUUAUAAAUUUCGUACUUACAAAGUACGGAAAAAUCGAACUGCAGCAUGUCUAAAGUCAGCUCUACAAUCACCAAAACCAGUUAAAAAUUUGGAGUCGUUACCUGAUGAAAUAUUGGUUCAAAUCAUAGAUCACUUGAAUCAGUUGGAUGUUCUAGACUUAUGUCUUGUCAACUCAAAGUUUCAUGAAUUAUGUAUGAACAAGCUAUUCAAGAGAGUUUUGCAAUGUUGCGACAGAGGUGGGCUGCAUGUCAUUUUUCAUCGAAAAUUGAAUACAUCUAUAUAUACAAAUUUCACAGUAUUAAGUUCUCCCUUUUGCUCAUAUAGAAGUUCUCCUUUUUACCCAUAUAGUCCCAAUCUUGGGAAAGACUUUCCAGUUUUUACUGAAGAAAAGCCCUAUCCGACAAUAAUUUUGGAUGAUUUUUGCAUAGAAGUCAUUGGCUGUAAGGAUCCCCUACUUAUAGAUGAAAAUGUUAAUAUAAAUAGGAUUACUUUGUGGAAAGACUUCUAUUGUGAUACCGGACUCCAAUCAGAAAGUAACACUAUAACAAGAAAUAGAAAUGACUUUUGUUUGUAUAAGAAAAUAGAUUUGGUAAUUCCAAGAAUAGCAGUUUCAACCCUCGACCGCUUACAAGGGAUCUUUGGUGAAGUGAGUUCUUUAUGUUUGGAUGCCUUUAUGCUUGAAAAUACCGGUUAUCCUGAAGUUGACUUCUGUCCACUUUUUUCUUUAUUCAGUUGUGAAAAUAUAAAAGAACUUCAAUUAAAAUUUAUUCGCAGACGUCUGUUUCAAUAUUUUUUGAAAUUAAUGCCAAAUAUGAAGACCCUUGUUAUAAAUGAUCCCAUUUUUUGGGUUCCAGAUCUGCCUUUCGAAAUCUCAAAGUGUCUGCUUCAAAAGUUUUGUCUAGAUGUUUCUGACUAUAUGAUAGAAGGUGUUAAGAAAAACUGUAAUUUAAUCAAGGUAUUACUUAAUACUUAUGGACUGAGUCUUGAGCUUAUAAAGGUUAACAUGACAUGUUCACCGACAACAUUAACAUCAAUUGAUUUAUUUUAUUACUGUGAAGAUUUUAACUGUAACGAUUUUAAGCAAUAUACUAGGAACUUAGUUUCUUGGGCUAAGAAUAAUAUAAACAAUUUUCCAAAGCUUCAUUAUUUUACGUUCUACAAUUACCAGUUUGUAAUAGACCGACAAGUCGAACCAUGUCAGUGGAUUGAAGUUGGUGGUAAGGAGUUGUGAGGUACUUUCUUUUUGUUGCAAUAUUUAAGCUUUGAAUUGCUACUAAAAACCUCCCCACCACCAAAUUUCUGUAUUAGUUUUACAUUAUGUUUAGUAUAAGCCAAAAAAUAGAUCUAG